GCGCAGCACGGGAUAGCGUACGUGACGGGCCAAGCGAGUUAGCGCCUAGCUUCCUCCUGCAGAGCUCAGCUGUCCAACAACAUGUUCAGAGCCGCCGUCCGACUCUCGGUCUCUGGUGUGCGGAGUUUAACCCGCACACAGCCACGGUGCCAAGCUGUUUUGGCCUCAAGGUGCUACUCACAUGGGAUGCAAGAGACCGAUGAGGAGUUUGAUGCCCGCUGGGUCACCUAUUUCAACAAGCAAGACAUUGACGCAUGGGAGCUGAGAAAAGGGAUGAACACAUUGAUCGGUUAUGAUCUGGUACCUGAGCCAAAGAUUCUUGAGGCGGCACUGAGAGCCUGUCGGAGGUUAAAUGAUUUAGCCAGUGCCAUCCGAAUUUUGGAAGCUGUGAAGGAUAAAGCUGGUCCUCAUAAAGAGAUCUACCCUUAUCUGAUCCAAGAGCUGCGGCCAACAUUGGACGAGCUUGGCAUUUCUACACCUGAAGAGCUCGGCAUUGACAAAGUCUAAAAAUCUAAAGACGGAGGAUAACCCCGUGACAGAGAACCCUUGUACUUACAUGUUUUGCCUCAUAUAAUACAUGUGAUAUUUAAUUUGGCCUUUAUUAAGUUCUUUAGCUUGUAAAAUAUUGAUGAACCUAAUAAAGGAAAGUGUAUCUUUACUGAGUAUCACAAUAUUUUGGGAUAUUUUAAAUGGUUUGAGAGUACUUACUGAAGCAAUACACUCAAUUCAUUAGAAGUUGCUUUAAUAGACAGCAGAGUGUCACUUUUACAGUGCAUGUUGUUUUAGCAGAGUGUGUGUGUGGACAUUCUUGUGAGAGUCACAUUUUGCCACCAGGGAGCAGCGUUUUCACGUGAAUGUAAAAAUCAUUCUACUGUAUUCAAUCUUUAUUUCAUCUGUUUUCAUUUCA